CAGUCUACGCAGGUGUUUACGUUUUCUUACUUCCGUAGCUGCCCACAGCGGAAACCCGUUACUAAUCUUACGUUAAAUCCAAACAUUAAGAAGAAACGCUCGGUCAUGUCUCACAUUUUUAACUUAAGUAUUAGAGAUGCUUGACAGAUAAAUAUUUAUAAGGUCGUUUGAUGUCCACUGUAGACGCUGUAUCGCGAGUUUUCCUCAUCCAUCGCAGGCAAAGCUAAAGCUAGCGGUGUGUUAGCAGCAGGUCAGCGGCAGUGGACGAAAUUUAAUAAAUCAUCGCCUGAUCCGCACUUUGUCCAGUAUUAAUUUAGAUAUCAGACAAGGUAGUCAUGGCCACUAGGCGUCUGACCGAUGCCUUCUUGUUAAUGCGGAACAAUGCAAUCCAAAACCGGCAGAUAUUGGCUGAGCAAGUGAGUACAUACGACCCCCGUCUGAGUACACGUAGCAAUGCUGCGGAGCUUGAUGAGUUGGCUGAUGAUCGAAUGGCGCUGGUGUCAGGAAUCAGUCUGGAUCCUGAAGCCGCCAUUGGAGUCACCAAGAAACUGCCCCCCAAAUGGAUAGAGGGGGUCGAUGAGAUCCAGUAUGAGAUCACACGGGUUCGGCAGAAGAUGAAGGAUCUGGCUUUACUUCAUGACAAACACAUGAAUCGUCCCACACUUGAUGACAGUAGUGAGGAAGAGCAUGCCAUAGAAAUCACAACACAGGAGAUUACACAGAUGUUUCACCGAUGCCAGCGAGCUGUGACGGGUCUGCAGUCUCGCUGUGGCCACUGCACCGAGCAGGAGGAGAGGCUAUUGAGGAACGUUGUCUCGUCCCUGGCACAGAGCCUGCAGGAGCUGUCCACCAAUUUCAGACACACACAGUCCAGCUACCUAAAACGUAUGAAGAACCGCGAGGAGAGAUCAAAGCACUUUUUUGACUCUGGACCCCUAAUGGAAGAGGAUGAAGAUUUAGCUGUGUAUGAUAAGGGGUUCACAGCUGACCAGCUGAUGCUGGUGGAAGAGAACACAGUUAUGGUUGAAGAACGAGAGAGGGAGAUCCGACAGAUAGUGCAGUCCAUCUCAGAUCUGAAUGAGAUUUUCCGGGACUUGGCCGGAAUGGUGGUGGAACAGGGCACUGUUCUUGACCGAAUUGACUUCAAUGUGGAGCAGGCUUGUGUUAAAACAGAAGAUGGAUUGAAACAGUUACAAAAGGCGGAACAGUAUCAGAAGAAAAACAGAAAGAUGCUGGUCAUUUUGAUCCUCUUUAUCAUAGUCAUUGUUCUAAUUAUUAUUCUUUUUGGAACAAAGUUUUAAUUAUGCAUUCCUCUGGCUUUUGUUUUCUGUGUGGCUGUUUUGUUGUGCAUAUGUGUGGCCUUGGACUCGGGGUCUUGGUUCUACUCAAAAACAAAGCUGACUGCCUUUCACACCCGCCAGGAAACAAAGAAAGGAAGAAUUCCACGUCUCUUUGCAGGUGCACUUUGGGCUAUGUGGAGAUGUUUUGUGGUUGAUUUUUAAUGAAAGAAAAUAUCAACGAUCUGUUUGAGCCAUGGCUAUUUUAUCAAUGACUCAAAUCGCCAAGACUCUGUGACAGAGGUUUGUUGAACCCGAUUAUGUUGACAUGUGUCUUAACAAAAGAAAACACUAUGUGGUCUGAAAAAAUGGACUACCAAUGUUUCGGUGACAAAGCAGAGCAUCCUCUGCUUGAACUCAAAGCACGAAUUGUGACGUUUUGUUGUGUGACAAUGCAUCAUUUCUGUCCAGUAUCAUUGUAAACAUUUUGUUUUUUUGAGGAAGAUGUAACAAGAACGAAUGUCUGUGAAAGAAGAAUAUGCAGUAGAUGUCAUUUUACUGUAAAUUCAUACAUUACCUUCCUCCUGGCUCAGUAUUUUACCUUGACAGACUUAAAGAAAAUGUUAUGUAUUAGGACAGUACCAGACAUUAUUAGCGUAGUGAUUCAGUACCAAAAAUAUUCCUUUGGUUUAAGGACCACCUGUUUAUUUAUUUUUUUAAUUCCUUAUUACUUACUACACCCCAAUUUAUUACUGAGAUUGUGUUACUCCACUGUUGGCCUGAGGAGGGUGUAGACAGCCAUGAGCUUCAUCCUUUAAUUUUAAAAUCAUACCCGUGUCACACCUGCUGCACUUUUUAUGAGGUGCUCAUUUUAAAACACUUCCUUGUUUUUGUUUGGUCAUGGUCCUUGCAUAAAGUGCUACCUUUUUAAACUCUUGCAGUUUGCACAUGUUGAGGCCUGGAUGAGGGGGAGAGAUGGGAGAGUGGUUGUGUUAUGGAUGUAAUACUACUGUCAUCUGUGUGAUGAAAAUAAUUAUUUAUUUUUUAAGAACUUCAAAUAAUCAAGAGGUUGGAAGGUGUCUGUCUCAGGCAGAAUUACUGUAUAUUGAGUAAAGUGUAUCUGUAGUCUACACCCAACAGUUAUUGUCCUCUCCGCUGAAAACUGUGAUGUAGUCCGACACAAGCAGAGGUAUGAAGACAGCGAUAUGAUUAUUUUUUUUCUUUCAGAUUGGACUCGUUACAUUUUAGUUGGCUGUGCUGGAGAUUCUUUAGUUGUUCUUGUGUUCUGACUGAAAAGGCGAAACGAUGAAGAGCUUUAUUUGACAUAUCUGUACUCGACUCUUAUACACCUGUUAAAUCAUCUUUGUCAUUGAUGUGAAGUUGUGUGUGGGGGGAAAAAAAAAAAAAGCGGUUAUGUCCUAGUGGUACUCCACUUAAGUUUUGUUUUCCACACAAAACAGGUGAGAAGAUAUCAACUUGUUUUUUUAAUAAACCUGGAACAUGA